GCACAGCACCAGCAUCAACAAUCACUUUCACCAAUCGACCUUAGGGUUUCCUCAACUGACUUACAAGUGGUCAACCACUCACUCCAUCACAUCACCCCUGCCCUACACCGUUGUGUCAGUAGACCGAUCUGCACAAUGAAGGCCGCUGCUUCCAUUAUCCUCGCCGCCUCGGCCUUGGCCACGGCUCAAGUCACAUAUAACGAGACAACUGGUGUCUUCACCUGUGCCGAGCCGAAUGUUGCAUACUGCGCCGGUGACUCUCUGGGAACUGACAUCAUAAUCCGGUGUAACGGUGCCUCCAUCGGGCAGCCCGGCCGAUGCACCAACAACCUUGCCGGUCAGCCACCUAUCGGCGUCAACCCCGCCCUCUGUUUCCAGACGUCCAAGACCUCGGGUGACGCUGCCUGCGAGAAGAACUGCAUCGUCUACCCAGAGGACGGCUCCAAGCCAUUCACUCUGUCCGCCGACCAGUGCAAGCAGUCGGGCUCCGGCAGCAACAGCACUACCACCACGACGGCCCCCAUCGUACCGUCGACAACAAGCGACUGCGCCAGCACCUCCGUGUACCACCACAGCAACAGCACCAGGCUGUAUCCUCCAGUUCCUUACCCUACCAACACUAAGCACUUCCCGCCUCAUCCUCGCCCUACAAAUGGCACCAACCCGUCUUACCUCCCCACACCCCCCAACGACACGCCAUAUCCCACAAGUGUUCACAACAACGCCACCAACGUUCCCGUCAGGCCAACGGGCACGAGCACCAACACCCCUCCCGACUCUGUUCCUACCGCUGGCGCGGCUCGGAACGGUAUUGGUGCUCUAGCCCUCGCGUUGGUGGCAGCCGUCUACUUCCUCUAAGCUCGGUUGGCAUUCGUUGACAAACCUAAUUUACAACACUUAAUACAUAAUACUCGACAUUUGGUUGGCGCCUUUCGCACGGUGUUGCCAGAGGUGUCUUGAAUAGAUGCACAUACUGCUGCGGCGUUUUAGGAUUUAGAGGCAUGGCUACUUGGCCAGUCGGGAUGCAGGGCGUUUCGGCUCGACAUACGGCAAGGAUUCCGGCGAGGCAUCCUGAUCAUAUAGACUUAAUUAAACUACAUCUCAA